UAAUUGGAGAACGGUUUCUUCUUCACUGCUGCGGAAUUUUCUUUCUCCUUUUCCACCUCAAAAACAAAAUAUCCGCAGUAGCGUUUAAGAAGUUUUCUCUUUAAGCUUAUAUUAUUAAAAAAAAAAAAGAGAAGAAAAAUGGCUCGCUCUUUCUCGAACGUGAAGGUUUUCUCUACAUUCGUUGUCGAUGGAAUCUCUAACGCUAUCUCAAGACGGGGAUACGCUGCAACAUCACAAGGAGUAGCGUCGAACGGAGUAAAGGAAGCAGCAAGAAACGCUGCGGUGUUGAAGAAAACAGGGGAAGACAUGGCAACAGCAACUAAAGACAAGGUUAACUGGGUUCCGGACCCUGUUACCGGAUUCUAUAGACCCGAAAACACUGUGAAUGAGAUCUGCCCCGCCGAACUCAGAGCCACGCUCUUGAAGAAGAACUAAAUAUACAUGCAUGCAUAUGUUACGAGAUGAGAUUGGUUUCAAAUGUUGUGUGGUGCAAGCACAGGGAAGAUUUUGGUUUUUGGUUUUUUUGUUCAAUGGCUGAAAUCUCUUCUUUCUUUGUCCUUGGUAAACGAAAUGCUAAUAAAUUGUAGGAAUGCCCUUUUUAUUUA